AUGUCGCCUUCGCAGACCAGCUCAACAAUAGAGCUGGAGACAGCUCCAAGCCACACUCCAGCCAUGAUGGAGCUGUCUGAACCAACUAGACUCACUGAAACUUCUGCAUCCAUCUCAAAGAGCCGAGCCGUCGCCAUCAUCGUCUGCAUCACAUGCAUCAGCGGCAUCAGCAACCUGCUGGCCGGAUUGUUAACAGUCUGCAUCCCGGUCAUCUCAGCAGAUUUGGGGUUUCCCCCAGAGCUUCAGCUGUGGCCAGCUUCAGCCUUUGCUCUGGCAUGUGGCUGCACUCUGCUUCUCUGUGCUGCCGCCGCCGAUAUUUUGGGUUGUCGACGGUUCUGCCUCGUGGGUGCGUUAUUGCAAACCCUCAGUGCAUUGGGGGCAGGACUGGCCAAGACACCAUCACAGCUUAUUGCUCUUCGGGCUAUGGCUGGUAUUGCAGCGUCCUUCUGCCUGCCCAGCGCUGUUGGAAUUGCAGCUCGCGCCUUUCCUGCUGGCACCAGCCCUCGAAGCCGCAGCGCCGCAUUCUCUGCCAUGGGCGGAGGACAAGCUGUCGGGUUCGGACUGGGUCUCGUGUUGGGCGGCGUCUUCAGUGAUACGCUUGGCUGGCGCUGGGCUUUCUACACGACGGCCAUACUGAAUGUUGUUGUAUUGAUUCUGGCUCUGUGGGCGCUGCCAUCAGACAUAGAUGGUACGAUAUUGGGGAGAGAGACGCUCAAUCGCCUUGCACGAGACAUUGACUGGCUGGGCUGUCUUCUUAUCAGUGCAGCACUUGCUCUUCUAUCGUAUGAGCUCGCAGUUGUCUCGGGACUUGAUGCUGGCAGGCUUAUGCACGAGCCGGCAAACUUGACAGUACUCUGCAUUUCUUUCGCGCUUUUGCCGCUGUUCUGGCUGUGGAUGCGUCACCAGACACGUCACUCUCGACCAGCACUGAUACCAAAUGCGAUAUGGAAGAACCUGCCUUUCACAACUGUCUGUGUUACCGUCUUCUUGGUCUGGGGAGCCCUCAAUGCCAGCGAGCAACUCGCGGCGCUGUACCUGCAGGAAGUGCGCAACAUUUCUCCAUUGACGGCGUCUCUGUAUUUCUUGCCGGCGCCAGUUGCUGGAGCCAUGAUGAACAUUGCCAUUGGCGUGUCUCUUCCUUACCUGAGGCCUUCACUUGCCGUGCCGAUUGGCUGCCUUGUAAGUGGCAUCGCGCCACUGCUUCUCGCCACUCUGUGCCGUCUCGAUGGCCCCAAUUACUGGCAUGCAGUCUUUCAAGCUAUGGCUUUAAACCCCCUGGGCGCAGAUCUCAUAUACACCAUCGCAAAUCUGGUAGUCACUUCUGCUUUUCCUGCAAAGACUCAGGCGUUAGCUGGCGGCGUCUUUCAGAUGCUUUCUCAGAUCGGAAAGAGUAUCGGCAUCGCUUCGACAUCAAUCAUUGCGCAGCAAGUGGCGGCAUCAUCGCAGUCAUCAAAUGCGAAUGAAGCGCUGCUCCAGGGCUACAAGGCGGGUUGGUGGUAUAACAGCGGUCUCAGAUUUGUAGCGGCUCUUUUGAGCUUUUGGGGGCUCAGAAAUGUUGGCAAACUAGGAGUCAAGAUUGAUUAA